UCUCUAUAACCGUCGCCGGAAAAUAAAAAUGUCAGUGAGCAUCAAAAUCCGGCACAUUGUCCGGCUCCGUCAGAUGCUAUUAAGAUGGAGAAGAAAGGCCGCCGCAUCAUCGGCGCGUAGUCGUCUCCCUUCCGACGUCCCUUCCGGCCAUGUAGCUCUUCGCGUAGGAUGUACAGAUCGCAGAUUCGUGAUUCCGGCGACUUACCUUAACCAUCCGAUCUUCAGAAAACUUCUGAUUCAAGCAGAAGAAGAAUACGGAUUCAAAAAUUCAGGUCCGUUAUCGAUCCCCUGCGAUGAACUAUUGUUCGAGGAAAUUCUUAGACAAGUAGCAGGUCAGUCUGAAUCGGUGAAAUCUGUUCGAUGUAAUGUUGGAAUGAGGAGUAAAGUUGAUUUGUGGCCGGAAUCUUGUCCGUUGCUUGAUAAUGGAGUUAAUUAUAAAUCGUAUUGAUUUUGAUUUUGGUUGAAUUGGAGAAGAUGAUUCGGUGAGUUGAAUACGAGUUUGUAUAGUUGUUAUUGUUGUUGUAGCAAUUUGUUUAGUUUUUAAAGGAUUUGU